GUUGAUUUUUAAAAAGAAAAACAUAAUACCGUGCCGCGUGAACAUCCGCAUCACUUUAGAAGAACAUCGGGGACAGAAUCGUAAAAUCAUGAAGCGCCUGUUGACGAUCAUCGUUCUCAUGGCUGCUGCCUCGACCAUCGAGGCAGAAACAUUUACGGUCACCGAUCACGUGUACUUGGACAUUAUGAUUGACAAUCAUCCGGCUGGGAGAAUAGUCAUCGGACUGUUCGGCGAUAUCGCACCGAAAACCGUGAAGAACUUCAUCACUCUUGCCACUACCGGCGUAGCUGGAAAGAAAUACACGGGGACCAGAUUUCAUCGUGUGAUAAAGAAGUUUAUGAUACAAGGUGGUGAUGUCGAGAAUGGUGACGGUACCGGUUCCAUAAGUAUAUACGGCAAGUAUUUCGACGACGAAACCUUUGAGGUAAAACACAGCGGACCAUUGUUCGUCAGUAUGGCGAAUGCCGGACCGAACACCAAUGGCUGCCAGUUUUUCAUCACCACCAUAGCGACACCUUGGUUGGACGAUCAUCAUACGAUAUUUGGAAAGGUGGUUAGCGGUGAAGACGUUGUCUUCAAGAUCGAGCAGACCAAAACGGAUAGCGAUGACAUUCCUCUUGUUCCUGUAGUCAUUUACGACAGCGGAACUCUCCCAACAGAAUCGUACACCGUAUCAAACAAUCCAUACGACCUGUGGGCGUGGAUCAAAGCAACCAGCAUACCACUGGGAUUCAGCUUCUCGAUUCUCGCGUUUUUUCAUUACAUGAUGAAACAAUUGGAUGCCGUCUAAUUGAUAAUACCGAGACGAGAAAGACUGAUUUAAAAACAGCAGAUUCAUACAUGUUAUUCAGAGAUUUCAUAUAUUUUUUUAUUAUAAAUUAAAACACGCAAAAA